AUGACAUCUCCACCUAUCAAACCACCAACGCCUGUGUCGUCACCACCAAUGGCGUCACCACCUGUUAAGCCGCCAACGUCUAUGCCAUCACCUCCAAUGGCUUCACCACCUGGCAAACCACCAAUGGCCUCUCCACCUGUCAAGCCGCCAACACCGUUGUCAUCACCACCUAUCAAGCCGCCAACUCCUGUGUCAUCACCACCAAUGGUGUCACCACCUGUCAAUCCACCAAUGACAUCACCACCUGUCAAUCCACCAACGGCGUCACCACCUGUUAAUCCACCAAUGGUGUCACCACCUGUCAAUCCACCAAUGGUGUCACCACCUGUCAAUCCACCAAUGACUUCUCCACCUGUCAAGCCGCCUACACCAGUGUCAUCACCACCAAUGGCUUCUCCACCUGUCAAGCCGCCAACACCAAUGUCUUCACCACCAAUGGCAUCUCCACCUGUCAAGCCACCAACGCCUGAUCUAUCACCUCCAAUAGCGUCACCACUUGUCAAGCCACCAAUGGCAUCUCCACCUGUCAAGCCACCAACGCUUGAUCUAUCACCUCCAAUGGUGUCCCCACCUGUUAAACCACCGACUCCAGUGUCAUCACCACCUAUGACAUCACCACCUGUCCAGCCGCCAACACCAAUGCCAUCGCCGCCAAUGAUGUCACCACCUGUUAACCCGCCAACGCCGGUGCCAUCACCACCAAUGACAUCACCGCCUAUAAAGCCGCCAGCUCCCGUACCAUCACCACCUGGAAAGUGCCCCAUAAAUACACUAAAUUUGAAGGUGUGUGCCAGUUUAUUGAACAAUUUUCUUGGACCUGUGAUUGGCACCCCACAAACGAAUACAUGCUGCUCUCUCAUUGAUGGGUUGGUUAACCUUGACGCCGCAGUUUGCCUUUGCACUGCCAUUAAAGCUAACAUUUUGGGGAUCAACCUUGAUGUUCCACUUUCGGUUAAUUUGCUGCUCAACAAAUGUGGAAAACAAGUACCCAACUACCGAUGUUCUUAAAUUAUUAAUCGGUUGGGUGCCAUCAAAAUCUCUUAAGUAUUAUUCCCUCAAAUUCCUGCCUUUGAGUAGCCCAAUAAUGUUUAAUGCAUAAAUCUAUACGUAUUUAUAUGUUAUUUAUUGUGUUGGUUUCUUUCUGUUGGUGAUUAAGGCCGUUGAUAACCUCCGGGACGAAAAUUCUA